CCCCCUGACACUUUCCAGCUCCCCCGAGGAGUAAUUUGACAUUUGGGAAGUACACAUAGCAUACAAGCAAUGACUGAACAGGGUUUCUCUGCUUCCACUCUACUUAAGCGCUAUCGUCUGGCCAUGACAGAGUCAAACUCUGUCUCCUCACCUGCUGCUCAGGACUCGUCAGAGGGUAAGGACCCUUUGGAGGACGGGGAUCCCAACUUCCCUAUGUCUUCACUGGCAGAACUUCUGGACAAUGAUGAUGGAUCACAGCCAACCCAAGACUCGCCCCAGGAUUCAACUCGACCUGGACAACAGACUGACAACAAGCAGAACACGCGGAUUAGGUUUCCAGGGGCCUUUAAAAAGGGGGUUCCUAACCCCAUGGACCUUCUUGAGUCCACCAUGUCUGAAUAUCCAGGGGCACCGGGGCCUAAGAAAGCACCAAUGGAUUCCCUGUUUGACUACGGCACAUGUAGGGAGAUCAACAACCACAAAAAACGCAGGAAGAAGCUUCCACGGGGGAAGGCCGAGAUUGAGAUGUCAUGUGACGAGGGAUCCCCAGAGCCCCCUGUUUUUAAAGUCUUCAACCGCUGGCUGUUGCUGGAAGCUGUAUCUCGAGCAGAUCCAAGAGCUCUGGAUGGUCUCCUGCAGUAUCUUCAGUCAAGUGAAAAGAGGCUGACAGAUGAGGAGUUCAAAGAACCUUCUACAGGGAAGACGUGUCUACCAAAAGCACUUCUGAACCUGCACAAUGGUCACAAUGACACAAUCCCUGUGUUGUUGGACAUAGCUGAACAGACAGGAAGCCUCCCAGAGUUCAUCAACACACCCUUUAGAGAUGUGUAUUAUAGGGGUCAGAUGGCACUGCAUAUCGCCAUAGAGCGACGGUGCAAACAGUAUGUGGAGCUUCUGGUGGAGAAGGGGGCUGAUGUUCAUGCCCAGGCCAGGGGCCGAUUCUUCCAGCCCAGAGAGGAGGGUGGAUACUUCUACUUUGGUGAGCUGCCUCUCUCACUCGCAGCUUGUACCAACCAACCAGACAUGGUGCGUUACCUGACCGAGAAUAGCCACAAGAAGGCAGAUAUGCGGAGACAGGACUCGAGGGGAAACACAGUUCUGCACGCCCUGGUCCAUAUUGCUGACAACACUCGGGACAACACACGGUUUGUCACAAAGAUGUACGACCUUUUGCUCAUUAAAUGUGCCAAACUCUUCCCAGACUGCAACCUGGAGAAUGUGCUCAACAAUGAUGGCAUGUCGCCUCUCAUGAUGGCCGCCAAGCUGGGCAAAAUUGGGGUGUUCCAGCACAUCAUCCGGAGAGAGAUAAAAGAUGAGGAGGCUCGGCAUUUCUCCCGGAAAUUUAAGGACUGGGCUUAUGGACCCGUGUACUCCAACCUGUAUGAUCUGUCUUCCCUGGAUACCUGCGGAGAGGAAGUCUCUGUUCUGGAGAUACUUGUCUAUAACAGCAAGAUUGAGAAUCGCCAUGAGAUGUUGGCGGUGGAACCGAUAAAUGAGCUGCUGAGGGCCAAGUGGCAGAAGUUUGCUGCUGUGACCUUCUACAUCAGUGUGGUUUCCUACCUUGUCACCAUGAUCAUCUUCACUCUUGUGGCCUAUUAUCGCCCAUCAGUGGGAAAACCCCCUUACGCCUACGACACCACUGCAGACAAGGUGCGUUUGGCAGGGGAGAUCAUAACAGUGGCAUCUGGAGUCUUUUUCUUCGUAACAAAUAUUAAGGACCUUUUCCUGAAGAAGUGCCCGGGGGUGAAUUCUUUAUUUAUUGAUGGAUCCUUUCAACUUCUCUACUUCAUCUACUCCGUGUUGGUGCUGGUGAGCGCAGCGCUGUACCUGUCAGGGAUUGAAGCCUACGUGUCUGUGAUGGUGUUUGCUCUAGUACUAGGUUGGAUGAACACCCUCUAUUUUACCAGAGGUCUUAAACUCACUGGAACUUACAGUAUCAUGAUUCAGAAGAUUCUCAUCAAAGAUUUGUUCCGGUUCCUGCUGGUCUAUGUGCUUUUCAUGAUCGGCUAUGCAUCAGCAUUAGUCUCACUUCUGACCAUCUGCCCUGAUGAGGAGACAUGCAAGGAUAACUGCCUCAAAUACCCAGAAUGCCGAGAUAAAAACACCUUCAGCGAAUUCCUAUUGGACCUGUUUAAGCUGACCAUAGGCAUUGGAGAGCUAGACAACAUGUUGAAAGGCGCACAGUAUCCCGUUGUCUUCCUCAUUCUCCUGGUCACCUACAUUAUUCUCACCUUCGUCCUGUUACUCAACAUGUUAAUCGCUUUGAUGGGGGAGACAGUGGGACAGGUGUCCAAAGAGAGCAAGAAGAUCUGGAAACUGCAGUGGGCCACUACUAUCCUAGAUAUUGAGCGGUCCUUCCCAGUGUGUCUGCGGAGGUAUUUCCGAGUUGGAGAGAUGGUUACUGUCGGCAAGGGCUUGGAUGGAACGCCAGACAAACGCUGGUGCUUCAGGGUGGACGAGGUUAAGUGGUCCCAUUGGAAUCAAAAUCUGGGGAUCAUAAAUGAGGAUCCGGGCCAGAAAGACUAUUACGAACAAACGCAGGGUGGACGGGGCCUUCGAAGAGAUCGCUGGUCCACGGUCGUCCCAAGAGUGGUUGACCUGAACAGGGGGUCCAGAGAUCACACCGUAGAGAUGGAGCCUCUCACAGGCAGACACAGACAUAAGUCUGAAAGCUAAAGCUGAACGCUAAGGACUUCAAAGGGUGACAAUCCAUUGAAACUUUUUUUUACCGGCCAGACAAUUAUGUAUUUUAUUAAAGCUGACAAUAGUUCUAUAGUAUUUAAUCACUAUUGGGAGAACAGCUCUAUAUAUUAUGAGGUAUGAAAAUAUCCUUUCUUUUUUUUUGGAUGAUGAUGGUAUUUUACAUGUACAUGUGGACCCAUGAGACACUCAGGAACACUUUUGAUUUGUAGGUCAAUCCAUAUUGUUGCUAGAGAGAUAUGUUAGAAAAUAUAGUUAUUAACAUUAUAGUGUUUUUCAUGGUGUGUGCAAUAGAUUCUCUAAACAGAUUUGAUCAUUUUUAUUUUAUAAACAAAAAGUUUAUAUAUUGAUCCAGAAAAAAACCGACAACACUCCACAGGGUCUUGGAUGUCUCUGUUGAUUUUUGCUGACAUUUUUUUUUUUUUUGAUUACAUGGAAAAGGUUAUAUUUUAAUCAAUAAGAUUACAGCAGUGUUAAAUGUGCCUUGUGAUAAAGUAUGGUCUUUUUAAUGAAAAAUCGUAUUUUUAUUCUUUUGUUAUAUUGCCCAACCAUAAUGGAAAGACAAAAAAUGCUGCUCUGUUUUAGCCUUUGGCUUUGUUUUGUAAUAAAGGUCAUGCAGAAAACAGAUGUGGCAUCCACACCAGGAGUGUGCACAAUGCCAGACAGCAGCAGUAUGCUAUUUUCACCUCAGUAUGCUGGCAAUAGUGUGAUUUCAUUGGUGUGAUACUGGUAAUGACCGGUUCAGUUUCUUAUUUCACUGAUAAACCCAUGCAAAGAGACAAAAUGGCA